AGCUCAUUACCGCAGUACCAUCUCAAUGCUGGGCUCUGUGCUCCGUUCCCGUGGCGUGCAGGCCUCUGCAUGUCGCCGCUUCGCCACUGUACAGGCUUCUACGCCAGCUUCCAAGGCGGUACUGACGCCUGAUGCUUCGUCGGACAAGAAGCUCAGUGAGGUAGAAGCCCACGACUCUUACCUCCACCGGCCUGUGACGUACCCGCUGGACAAGAUCAAGGUGGUUCUACUGGAGAACAUCCACCCGCGCGCCAAAGAAGUCUUUGAGCGUGAAGGGUACACAGUGGAGACGCACAAGCGCGCGAUGUCUGGUGAAGAGCUUGCACGUGUCGGCGGUGACGCUCACAUUUUGGGCAUCCGCUCCAAGACGCAGCUGGAUCCGGACUUCUUCAACACGGUAGGCUGGCACGAGCAUCGUCUGUGGGCUGUGGGAUGCUUCUGCAUUGGUACCAACCAGGUUGCUCUUCCCUCUGCUGCUGCGACGGGCAUCCCGGUCUUCAACGCGCCGUUCUCGAACACUCGCUCGGUGGCGGAGAAGACGUUGAGUGAGAUCAUUGCACUACAUCGUAAGCUAUUUCUGCGUUCCACUGAGCUUCACCAGGGCAUCUGGACCAAGUCUGCUACUGGAGCACAUGAAGUGCGUGGCACGACUCUCGGGAUAGUUGGCUACGGACGCAUUGGCUCGCAAGUGUCGGUACUAGCCGAACUACUCGGCAUGAAGGUGGUUUUCUACGACCCUGUCAAGUGUCUACCACUGGGUAACGCCCGUCAAGUGGAUACACUGGAGGAACUGCUUGGUAUGGCCGAUGCCGUGACUCUCCACGUCCCUGCCACACCCACCACUAAGAAGAUGAUCAACCGCGAAACUAUCGCGCAGAUGAAGGACGGCGCACUACUUGUCAACAACGCACGUGGUACCGUUAUCGACAUUGACGCUGCUAAGGAAGCCGUUGAGAGCGGCAAGAUCGCUGGUAUGGCUGUCGAUGUGUUCCCUAAGGAACCUGCCAAGAACGGUGAGCCGUUCGACACGCCUCUGCGUGGUCUCCCGAACGUGAUCCUGACGCCUCAUAUCGGUGGCAGCACUGAGGAAGCACAGGGCAACAUCGCUGUGGAGGUGGCUUCGAAGCUCGUGCGCUACAUCAACGACGGCUCCACGACGACGUCCACCAACACGCCGGAGAUCGACAUGCUGCCUAUUCGCAACAACUCGAUGCGUAUCCUGCACAUGCACCAGAACGUGCCUGGUGUAUUAAGCAAGAUCCACUCGGUGCUGUCUGACUACGGCAUCAACGUGACGUCGCAGUACCUGCAGUCGGAUCCUCGUCAUGGCUACAUCGCUCUAGAAGUGGAGAAGUUCCACGCCAAGGUAGUCACGCGCGAACUCGAGAAGAUCAAGGAGACUAUUUUCCUACGUACCAUCGUCUAAUGAGCGUGGAUGACAAAAGGCACAUCAGCUAACCCAAGAAGUAAUGUGAACGAUGAACACAGGCGCA